UAGAUAUUUAAGUAGAUAGAUAGAAAAUAAAAUCACUUAAGAGUGUACUUACACAAAGGUACUGUAAGACUUCAAUAAGAUGUCGCCAUGGCCAUAUCAUCUGAAGAUAGAACAAAUUAAGUUCCAUGGUUCUAUCAAAGCGAGAACUUACAUUUCCAUGAGAACUGUGGCUUGGAUUGUGAACGUGACCCAUAGUGGCUGCAUGAACAAAUCCAAGACGUCCAUCGCAUAUUAUAGAUAUCUGACGAAAAGCGUCCGUAAAUCAAAGAAGCUGCGCAUUGAUGACCACGCGAUCAAUUGAUCUUCUCGAGCAGCAAGGCUACCAUGCCGAUCUCCAGCUCUGCCUCCAGCUCGUCAAAUCUUGCAGUCACUCCAGGGAUCUCUCGCAAGCAAAGAAGCUCCACUCCCAGAUCCUUGGAACCAAACACUCGCGCAAUCGGCACCUGGAGAACCUCCUCAUCGAGAUGUAUGGAAAAUGCGGGAGCCUGGAGCGCGCGCGCGCUGUUCUUGAUGAUCUGGAGGAGCCAAACAUCUUCUCCUGGAAUAUUUUGCUCACGGCCUACAUCGAGCGCGGGCAUCUGGAACAAGCCAAGGAGAUCUUCGCCAGCGAGAUGCCACAGCACAACACCGUCUCCUGGACCGCGAUGCUCACCGCGCAUUCCCAGAGCGGGAAUUUCCAAGAUUCCUGGGGCCUGUUCCAAUCGAUGCCCCGGCGCAACACCAUCGCCUGGAACGCGAUGAUCGCUGCCUGCGGCCACCACGGCCGCGUCGCCCUAGCCCGAUUGCUCUUCGACGCCACGCCCGGGAAGAAUAUCGCGUCCUGGAAUGCGAUGCUAACGGCAUAUUCCCAGAACGGGCACAUUCCCGACGCGAGAAGGAUCUUCGACUCCGUGCCGUACAGAAGUACGGUCACCUGGAACGCAAUGUUGACGGCAUAUGCGGAUGCCGGGCACGUGGCGGGCGCAGGGGCGGUGUUCGUUGCGAUGCCCGAUCGCGACCACGUGUCUUGGAACACGAUGAUCCAGGCGUCCGUUAUGGCGGGAGAAUUUGAGCUAGCGAAAGAGCUCUUCGCGGCAAUGCCAGAGAAGGAUUUGAUCGCGCAGACCACCAUGAUCGUCGUGUGUUCCCAGAUUGGGGAUCUUGGCCAAGCGAAGCGUGUGUUUGAUGCGAUGGAGCGGCGAGAUAUCGUCGCCUGGAAUGCAAUGCUUCAAUCGUUUGCCAGUGCCGGGGAUUUCGAUCGAGCCAUGGAGCUCUUUGAGAGAAUGCCCGAGAGAGAUGUGGUGUCGUGGACGGCAAUGCUAGUGGCGUAUGCCGAGAAAGGGCUCCUGGAUCACGCAAGAGCUCUCUUCGAUUCAAUGCCUCACAGGAGUCUCGUCGCCUGGAAUGCCCUGCUAGCUGCGUAUUCCAGAUCUGGGCAUUUGGAGGAGGCCGAGAGAUUCUUCCAUCAAAUGCCUUCAUGCAAUGUGAUCUCUUGAACCACACUCUUUCAAGCAUAUGCCCU